AUGGAGGUUCACAACGAAGAAGAUGUUACAUCUCAACCGAAGGUUUCGGAGCCGGCAACUACGAAUCCUAAGGUAUCGACUACAAUCCCAACUUUUGUUCCAAUUAAUGAAGAAUUUUUCCAAGAUUUUUUUGUCCCUUCUCCAACUGCCACUAUUUCCACUCCCAUUACAAUUGCCCCAUGCCCACCGAUUUCAUUGGGUGUUUCGCAAGUCCAAACCCCAUUCUUGACUGAUUCCACCACCACCACCACCACUACCUUCAUUGUUGAUCCUACAGUGACUGUUAACACAUCUUAUGUGGGGGUAGGUCCUUUAGGUUUCACAAUCGGUCAUUCCACUCCACCUAUCUCUCCUUUCCGCCAGGAUGAUCUAGAUAUGAUCUAUGGUGGUGAUGACGAUGAUUUCGAAGGUUUCACCUACAGUCCAUUUAACAUUCAGAUUGAAAGAGAUGACGAAGCUCUCGUUACAAGAGGGAAACUUAAGGCGAUUAAUGAGAAACUAGAUUCGUUGCUCCAAGCCUCUAAAGCAUCAUCCAGUGAUGAAUACUCACAAGUAACAAUGAAGCCUUUCCUCGAGACCCUUACGAAAGAACACUCCGCUAACCUUGAAAAGACAAACAAAGUGGUAGAUGCUUCUGCUUCAGUGUGCAACACCACGACCGAAAAAGUUGAUAAACUAAUUAUCGAUGCUCGUUCGUUCAUGGAGAAAUUUCAGAGAUCCUUCGAGUCCAACACAGCGAAUUCCAUUGAAGUUAUUUUUGGCCUUGGCUCCACACUUAAAACAAAGAAAGCGAAACUCGAAGAGGUUCGCACUAGUAUUCAAAAAGACAAUGUCAAGCUAAACUCCUCAAUAUCAUCGAAGAUCAUGAAUCUUCAAGAUGACUUUGUUGGAUAA